AUGGCGCCCGCAGCCUCGCCAGAGAAGAAGGCCCGGGAGGAGGUAACGGAGGCGCCAGUAGAUUGGACGACUACAGAGGAGCGCGCACUCGUGCGCAAGAUAGACAUGCACUGUAUGCCCGCGCUGAUGAUUCUUUUCCUGCUAAACUUCAUCGUACGCCACCGCAACAACCUUGCGAACGCUCGCUUACAAGGCCUCCAAGAGGACCUCAGCCUCAACGAUACCGAAUUUGCUACCUGUUUAUCCGUGCUAUUUGCAGGCUACAUCGUCAUGCAAAUACCGUCGAACAUGGUCAUGAACUCAAUUUCGAAGCCGCGCCUGUUCAUGAGCGCCGUCGUCGCUUUGUGGGGUACCAUAUCUGCGCUCACGUCGCUCUGUCACGACUUCUCUCACCUCGUAGUCUGCCGCUUUUGGCUCGGCUUCGUCGAGGCGGCGUUCUAUCCGUCAUCAGUAUACUACCUCUCUAGGUGGUAUACGCGUAAGGAGAUUGGGCUGAGGAUUGCGCUCAUGAACGUCGGGAAUAUGCUCGCACAGGGCCUUGGCAGUCUGCUUGCUGCGGGUAUUCUGCAUGGAAUGGAGGGCGUGCGCGGCAUUCGGGGCUGGCGAUGGCUCUUCAUCAUCGAAGGCUCCAUAACCGUCGCCUUCGGCGUCAUGAUGCCUUUGAUCCUCUCGGACUACCCGACGACCACGCGCUGGCUCUCCGACCGCGAGCGCGAGAUCUCGCAGGGUCGGCUGGCGAAGGAGGUCGGGAUCGACGACGAGCCCGACGAGAGCGAGAAGUCGCGCAAGGGGAUGUUCCGAGGUCUCACCCUUGCUCUGACGGACCCGAAGGUCUGGGCACUAGCCAUCAUGUACUUCCUCUACAUCAUCGGCCUCUCCUUCGCGCAAUACAUGCCAACCAUCACCAAGACGCUCGGCUUCAACACCACCGUCACGCUCCUCCUGACGUUCCCGCCUUGGGCCUUCGGCACCCUCUUCGCUGUCGCGAACUCGUGGCACUCGGACAAGACGGGAGAGAAGUUCUUCCAUAUUGCGGCGAGCUAUGGGUUUGCGCUGCUGGGAUUUAUUGUGGCGAUGUCGACGAAAUCCAUCGCGGGGAGGUACAUAGCCCUGUUUGGGAUGUGCAUGGGGUAUAGUGGUGGUAUCAUCAUCAUCGGUUGGGUCAGCUCGUCCGUCCCUCGACCUCCUGUCAAGCGAGCUGCCUCAAUCGCGUUCGUGCUUGCGUUCGCCAACUCUGCGCAGAUCCCCUCCUCUUACCUCUGGCCUUCAAAGUGGGGACCCGACUAUACACAGACCUUCAUCAGCCAGAUCUGCUUCCUCGUCACCAGCUUGGGGAUAGGCUUCGGCUAUCGCCAGUACCUCGUCCACCUCAACAAGAAGCUGGAGCGGGGCGAGUUGAACAUACUGACCGAUGGGACGGCCCCAAGCACUGUGCAGAAGACAGCGAGCGUACUGCGCACGACCGUGCAGCAAGAGGAGGAAUUGGUCCAAUCCUUCCGGUUCUUGUAUUGACGAGUAUAUGUAUCUAAUCGGGGACGUAUAUCACAUCUGUUAUGCUCG